AUGAUGAUGGCUGGGCUGUUGUGGGGUCCUCGCAGUCGGCCCGCCCCUGCAGCAGCUCUAACCUGCGACGGCACCACCCUGGGUUGGUGCAAUGAUGCCACAGCCUCCGGCUUCAACCUCACAGUAAAUGCGCUGCCGCCUGCAGCGUUCAUCGGGCAGUACUUUGGCGCGGACGGCGUAUCUGUUGUUGGUGCGGGUCCGCCGCCCUGCUACCCCAUAUCCCAUCGCCCAGAUGAGCACGUGCAGUUUGAGCUGUCAUCCAACGAGCCCGACACCACAUUUCAAUGCCGCCUCCUCCCCUUUGACCACGCGCGAGGAUUCUUUCCCGGCGCACCGGACAUAUGGUCCGCCAACAACACGCGCACGUGGCUGCUCGACCUGCAACACACGCUGAAACAACAGGAACAACAAGGACAAGAGGGAGGUGCCGUGGAUAACACACGCGCACUUCUGCUCUCCGCCAUCACCAUUGCGUUGGCAAAUGGCAUGACAGCUGCCGAUAUCACGACGGCUGCAACCGUUUCUACCGCUGAUGAUGAUGAUGGUGCAUUGCGCCUCCUCGCUCGCCGCAUCGCCCUGCAGACAACCCCGUUUGUCGCCUGCGGUGCCAACAGCGACAGCGAUGGCACAGGCACCACACCACCCGGCUCAUCAUCAUCAUCAUCAUCAUCAUCAUCAUCAUCAUCAUCAUCGUCGUCGUCGUCGUCGACGACGCUUGUUCGGUACCACCACCUGCAGUUGCAGCAUGGCGUGAUGCGGUUUGAGGCGCGAGCACUCGACACGGCCGGUAACACGGGCGACGCCGCGGCGUAUGUGUGGUUCGUUGAUGGCGAUGCGCCCCGGGUUGGUGUGUCCACAGCGCACCAUCGCACGAACACAAGUCUGCUCGACACGACAUUCGCCGUCACGGAGACGGUCGUCGACGCAAUGUUCACCGACCACACAGCAUCGACGUGGGACUGCAACCGCUAUUCGUUCCAGAUCAAACUCGAGGGCGAAAUCAUCGCGCCCUUCUUGGCGGACACGGCGCGAUUUGUGCCGCGUGGUUCGUUCAGUGAUGACGUCAAUGCUUACAACAUCACCAAGUACGACUACCGCGCCCUGUCAACUGUCCUUACACCGGUCCUCCCCGGCGAAACGCGCGCGUUUACGCUCUCGGUCGCCGCACGCGAUGUUGCUGGAAACACUGGCAGCGAACAGGCCCUCACCAUUAUCGUCGAUCGCGACCCUGCCGAUGCGUUCGUGACAUCAUCGUUAUCGUCCUCCUCCUCCUCCUCCUCCAUCAUCUCUCCGCUCGCAUCGCCGCCACUCGAGUUCUUCUCGGACGAGGAGGGCAGUACGCGCGGUAUUGCAUACGCGUGCGCCAUCAACCCAACAACAACGGGAACAACAGGAACAACGGGAACACCAGGAACAGCUGCCAGUGGACGCCUCGUGUGGCCGUGCACCCUCACGUCGCUCCUGUCAACCCUCCUCACCGCCCACAACGACAAUGAUAGCACCAACGACAACACGGCCGGCGCUGCUUCUCCCAUGCGCAUCACAGUCGCUGCUGUCGAUGAAGCGCACGCAAUCCCAUCAGCAUCCCUUUCCCAAACAUCGUCGUCGUCGUCAUCACGGCAGCAGCAGGUGGCCAGCGCGGUUGUCACUGUAGACACGACGGCGCCAACAGCGGUGCUCAUAUCCACACCGCCGGCACGCGUGUCCCGCAGCACAACUGCCGCAUUUCAAUUGCAGGCGAGCGAACUGGCCCGGUUUUCCAUCACCCUCCAGCAACAACAACAGCAGCAGCAACAACAGGAUGGUGGUGGUGGUGGUGUCAUCACGCGGCAGGUCAUGCACACGGUGGAAGCCGUGUCCAGUCCGAACCAAGGAGCAGGACUCGUCUCGCGUGCGAGCGUGGUCCUCCCUGCGGGUAUAGGGUCCACACAGCCGCUGGCCGACGCGCAGUACACGCUGCUGGUAACGCCCAUCGACCUUGCAGGCAACACGGGCGCAACCCUCCGCAUCACAUGGACGGUGGACACGCAACCGCCUCUCGUCAGCGUUGCCGCGGUUGGCAGCUGGCUGCCCAGCACAGGGGCGGGCCGAACCGCCAUCACGACAGCAUCAUUUGCGCUCACAGCGGUGGAGGACCCGUUUGUGUCGUUCCAGUGCGCACUCGAGUGCGUGCAGGCAUUUUCGUGCCCGCAAUCGCCGUGCACGCAUCCGGGCGGCUCCAUCACCGACGCCAGCGCAACGGUGAGUGGUGACGGCAGCGGCUGCGCUGUUGGCGAUGAGGAGCUGCAGCCGUGCUCCGCGUCACUCGUCAUCACGGGCGUGCCUGAGGGGACGCACGUGCUGUGGGUGCGGGCUGUGGAUGGCGCCGGGAACGUGGGCGACACGACAAUGGUGGAGUGGGUGGUGGACACGACGCCGCCGACUGCGACAAUCGACACGACACCUGGCGUUGCGCCAGCGAGGAGAAGUGCGGCCUCCUCUGUUUCGUUCUCCAUCGACGUGGACGAGACGCUCUCCACGCUCCAGUGUCUUCUCGUCAACGCAACACGGGCAGCCCAACUCAAGACAACAGCAGCAGCAGCAGCAGCAGGUGGAGGUGGAGGACAGGGCAGUGCUGCUGGUGAUGGCGAUGGCAACGGUGGUGGUGGUGGUGAUGCACUGGCGACAUGGGGAUGGGAGGUGUGCACGUCACCAGUCGCUUACGACGGAUUGGCUGAGGGAGAUUAUGUGUUGUUCACACGAGCGAUUGACGCAGCAGGAAAUGUCCAGGGACAGCCAACCAGUGCUGCUGGUGCUGGUGCUGGUGUGGAUGGUGAGACGAGCAGUGUCCUGGUGGGUGCAUGGGAUGAGUUUUCAUUCACCAUCGACACGACCGCACCUCAUGCCACCAUCUCCUCCGUGGCUUCCUCAUCGUCGUCGUCGUCGUCGUCGUCGUUGUCGUCGUCAGUGCCUGUUGUGACGCGUGAUGUUGUGCGGUCGUUGACGGUCGCCUUCUCCGAGCAGCUGUCAUCGCUUGCCUGCAAGCAUUGUUACGCAGUUGGGGGCGUGACGAGCGAUGAUGCAACCUGUCGCCCUGCGACAACGUGCGACUUUGCAACGGGCACCAUCGCAGCUGUCGCUGCAGGUGUUGCUGGGGAGCCCACGCUCGCCAUCACCAACAACGGCACCGCCCUCGUGUCGUGCAUGCAGGCAUUUGAACGCGGCUGCAACGUGCAGGAUCCAAGUGUACCGGGCACACCGACAUGCCCGCUUGGAUUUCUGCACGUGUGCGGGGUGACGCAGCUAUCGUACAGCGCCACGUGCAACGCGUUUUCGGAUGAGCAGCAGCAGCGUGCGUGCGUUGAGGAGAACACAUACACACACUGGAUCGAACUCACGCUCACAGACGUCGCCGGAAACACCGCAACACAGCGCAUCGACACCUGGAUCUUCGACAUGUACAAACCGGCUGUCCGUGUCAGCGCACAGCUUCCAUCAUCAUCGUCCUCCUCCUCGUCUCUGCAGUUGACGCAGCCAUUCUUCGAUGCCGUACAACAGGACUUUGCCACCGGUAUUCCACAGCUCGCGUUUGCAUCCGCACCGACCGUUAUCAACGUCACCAUCACCAGCGCCCCGUCAGAAGGGUACGCCCGUCCAAACACAUCCACAACCUCAGCCAUCAUCGACAACAACACCAACGGUGAUGGGGGUGAUGGUACGGCAUUGUCGACUCGAUUGGCAUUUGAGUGUCGACUGCAGACACCCGUCGCAACCAUUGCCAUUGCGCCCUGCGCGGCCACGACUGCCGUCCCCGCUGACCUCGUCACGGGUGGCGGGUACUAUUCGCUGAUUGUCACGCCCGUGGAUGAAGCCGGCAACGCUGGAACAGCCGUUCACACAGAUUGGCUCAUUGUGGAAGACGAGACGCGCGUGUACGUGGACGAGAGUGCGUCUGAUGUUUGGGUGAAAGGCACGUCGGCCUCCAUCGAGCUUGCAUGCAACCACCCACUCUGCUCGUUCCAAUGCAGAAUUUCAAGUGCACAGGCGGUUCUCCGGACGGGCGUGCGCGUGCCAGCGGACGUUUCAACUGCGCCGGCAUUUGCGCCGUGUCAGGUGACACCACUCCGCUUCCUGCUACGGCUCCACCCCGUGUCCACAGAUGAACGACCGCACACGAGCACCGCCGCCGCCACGCUCGUGUUCCUCGCCGCACACCAAGACGAGCUGCUCGCCAGACUCGCCGUGCUGCUGUCGUCUGCAGUCAACGCCGUGGACUCCAUCAUGGUGCAGGAGCCGGUGGAUGACAGCACGUUUGUUGUGCUGUUUACCGUGUCAUCGUGGAAGGACAUCACCUCGGACGCGCAGUGGCAGUCGGUCCUCUUGUCCUCGCUCGUGGGCGAAACCGUGUCGCUCGCACGCGGAUAUGUUGGUCGCAGCAGCACAGAGACGACACCAAGCGGCGCUCCCUGCACCUGCAGCACGUGUGCUACUGCUGCAACUUGCACUGACGACGCAAGCGGCACUGCUGUCACAUGCCCGUGCGAGGGGACAUACGAUGGUGUUGGCACGUUUGAGAUUGGCGGCGUGCACAUGCCAGACCUCCCUGUUGUGUCGGUCACCUUGCCUGCGCCAACAACUGCGACUGAUGGCAACAGUGAUGCAACGGCUGUGCGGCACACGGAAUUCAACAUUGACAUUGCAGCUGCGCCCGCUGUUGUUGGUGUUGGCGGUGAUGGAGAAGAUUUUGGACCACCAUCUCGAUGGAUUGUUCACCAAGACGUGUAUCCCCCUGAAAUGGCUUUCACCGCCGCACCCUCCAUCACCACUCUGCCGCAGCAGCAGCAGCAGCAGCAUGUUGUUAGCAUCAACGCAUCCCUCUUCUCCCUCGAUGCUCCAAGCGGUGACGGCUUUUCGCACGCCACGUGCAACCUCACGCGCGUAUGCCGCGCCACUGAUGCAAUCUGUACGGCUGAACGCAUCGUGCACGCAGACCCGUGCGGGCGAUUGCAUGAUGACUUGGCGGCUGCCGUGUCUGUGGAUGUGCAGCUGCAAGCGGAGGAGGAUGCGAUGGUUGCUGGCCGGUACCGCCUCGCAGUUUCGGGCGUGGAUGUGUCUGGAAAUGUGGGGGAGCCGGCCACGUGGGUCUUUGUGUGGCCGUUGCGUGAUGAGAACGCAAAUGCAACAGACGCCGACACCCCAUCAUCACUGGCUGCUGAUGAUGUCACUGUGAGGGAGGCCGUGUGGUACGGCAGCCACCUCCACCUCGCUUUCACUUCCUCUCGCCUGGUGGAUCAACCGUUUGCAUGCGCCAACACCACCUCAACAACAACACUUGCGCGAACAGACACCCCCAUCGCUUUCUCGCCCUGCUCAAGCCCACUGCGCAUUGCUGCUGACGUUGCUGCGAGUGCUGGGUUUCGGCUGUUUAUUUCCGCCUCCGAUGCGUCGACAGCAACGCCGGCCGACAGCCGCUGCUUUCGCUUCGCCCAGCCAGCACAAGCCAGCACAGCCAACAACGCAACCACAACAACAGCACCCACGACUGCAACCACAGCCACAGCAACAACUUCACCGAGCGUACCAGCGUCAUCGUCGUCAGGGACAUGCACGCUUGUGUCAGACAUCGCCAACUUGACUGCCAUUGUGCUGGAGGCAUCAGCAACACCACCACCGCCACCACCAGCACCCGUGGAGCAAGCGGCAUCAUGCAACAGCCAGGCCGCAGCAGCCCGCGGUCUGCUUGGGUUUGGCGUGUUCCUGCUCAUUGCCACGCUGGCGCUGUUUGGGUGGCUUGUUGUGCGCCGUCGCCGCCUGCCUGCAGAGUUCAUUCCCCCGCCGAAGCUGCGUUCGCGCAAGGCGUUCCACAACCCCGCUUUCCAGACGGAUCUCAAGCACAGCCGCCCUGCGUCGUCGGCGUCCACGCGUAUGGGGUCGAGGGCUGCAUCAACGACGAGUCUGGGCAGCGUUGGCAGGCGCAUGCAGUCACCGAGUUAUGUCAGCACGACAAGCAACAGGGGAACGCCCGUGGUUGUCGAGAAGAUUUUGCCCAAGCGCAAGCAGACGCUCACGCCAGGCCUGCGCACCCCAACACAGCAACACCAGCAACACCAGCAGCAACACCAGUGGUCCCCGCCGUGA